GCUGCGGAGAUUAUUGCUGCCGUGUGAACCGGUUCAGAUGGGCCGGGGUUGCGAGGCGAUCGUGUCUAUUUUGGUUGUCAGAUCGCUCAGCUUCGCCGAAGGCCUCUCCGAAAGUGGCUUCGGGCCACAAACGCAAAGGGGUUAGGGUACAAAGUGACUAAAGAGCGCACGGCAGGAAUAGUAUCGAAGCGAGCGCUGCGCCUUUCACGCCGCGGAAGAGAUCUCGCUGCGAUCGGAGGAAUAUUUCGGACCCGCCCGAGAGACGGACGGAGCGCAAGAGUGAGCCGAGCUGAGCUGAGCCGAGCCGCCGCAGCGGGGAGCGUCUCCGAACUGCGACACAGCCCGACGGGGCGAAAAGAAGGGGUACCAAACCCCCGAAAAGGAGAGGAAGAGGAAACGGCACAGCCGGCAGAGAGGCUCUGUGGAUAACCCCCGAGGACCUCUUCCUGGAGUGGAUUUCUCAAAAGUUUUUCUUUCUCUUUUGCACUGACUGAGGGGGCGAAAAAAAUAUGUACGUAUAUAAACUGUAUAUGUAUAUAUAGGGAGAGGAGUGUCCUGGAACACGUCGCCGCCUGUUCUCUCUGACAGUACGAGAGUAAGAGAGGAGAAGCAGUGCGUUUUUCUCAGUGAGAGCACACCUGUUGGUUUUCACACAGGGCGCUCGGGGGGGGGAGAGAGAGAGCAGUGGGAGGGAGAGGGGAAUUUCUCCGCCUUUCUCUUUCUCUUUCGGCACGCUUUCGUCCUCCGGGUUCCACUUGCUCGGCGCCGCGAGCCGGGUUGCUCUCUCCUCCUGUUCUGUUUGUCUCUCUGAGGGGAAAAAAAAAUAAGCAGAGGAGCGGAAAAAGUGAGUGUUUUGGCUGGAGCAUCGCUGAUAUGCUGAGUUCGCUUUUCACUUGAGAACAAACGCUCCGUUGUCUGUGUGUGUUUGUGAAGAGGGGGUGGGUGACGGUAAUAUAAUAACUUGGCAAGUGCAGGAGAGAGAGAGAGAACCAGACACACAAGAGACCCCUGUGUCAAAGCUCUGUCUGCCGCAGACCUCCUGAAAGACAGGGGGCGCCAGAGAUAAGGGACGGUCCUGAGGAAAUGGGAUCGGAGAAGGACUCGGAGUCGCCUCACUCUUCCGUCAGCGGGGUGCCCAACCCGAAAUGCCGGGGUCCUGGGAAAAAAAGGGGCAGGAUCUCCUUCCACAGCCUCUUCCACAGUAAACGGGGGUCCAGGGGGUCGAAGGGGGCCGCGGGGGGGCCGACAUUGCAGCCGCCACCCGCUCCCGCCCCCAGCCCCGCCCCCCCGGCGCCCCCAGCCCCUCCAGAGCCUGACGCGGGGGAGGCCCUGGCGUCCAGCCGGCCCUCGCUGGACGGGCCGGAGCUGCUGGAAUGCCCGCUGUGCCUGGUGCGGCAGCCGGCGGAGCAGCUGCCCGAGCUGCUGGGCUGCAGCCACCGCUCCUGCCUGUGCUGCCUGCGGCAGUACCUGCGCAUCGAGAUCACCGAGAGCCGCGUGCAGCUCAGCUGCCCCGAGUGCGCCGAGCGCCUGGCCCCCCGCCAGGUCGCCCUCAUACUCGACGACGCUGCCCUGGUGGAGAAGUACGAGGAGUUCCUGCUGCGGCGCUGCCUGGCCGCUGACCCCGACUGCCGCUGGUGCCCUGCCCCCGACUGCGGGUUCGCCGUGAUCGCCUCAGGCUGUGCCAGCUGCCCCAGGCUGGUGUGCCGCAGAGAGGGGUGCGGAGCCGAAUUCUGCUACCACUGCAAGCAGGUGUGGCACCCCAACCAGACCUGCGACUCCGCCCGCCAGCAGAGGGCGCUGUCCAUGCCGGCGCACAGCAGCCAUUCCCCCAGCUACACGCAGGACCAGGGUCCGACUGAUGACAUCAAGCCCUGCCCGCGCUGCGGCGCCUACAUCAUCAAGAUGAACGACGGCAGCUGCAACCACAUGACCUGCGCCGUGUGCGGCUGCGAGUUCUGCUGGCUCUGCAUGAAGGAGAUCUCCGACCUGCACUACCUCAGUCCUUCAGGCUGUACGUUUUGGGGGAAGAAGCCAUGGAGUCGUAAGAAGAAGAUUCUGUGGCAGUUGGGCACCCUCAUCGGGGCGCCAGUGGGCAUCACCCUCAUCGCUGGCAUCGCCGUGCCUGCCAUGGUGAUCGGGAUCCCCGUCUACGUUGGACGCAAGAUCCACUCUCACUACGAGGGGAGGAAGAUCUCUCGCCACCGGCGGAACCUCGCCAUCACAGGGGGCGUGGCCCUGUCAAUCAUCACAGCCCCGGUCAUCGCGGCUGUCAGCGUAGGAAUCGGGGUGCCCAUCAUGCUGGCGUACGUGUACGGGGUGGUGCCCAUCUCCCUCUGCCGGGGCGGGGGCUGCGGGGUCAGCCGCGGCAAGGGGCGGGGCGUCCGGAUCGACUUCGAUGAGGACGACGGGCCAAUCACAGUGGCAGAUGCCUGGAGGGCAUUGAAGUCACCCAGCCUGGGCGAGAGCAGUUUGGAGGGAGGGGCGAGUGGGCUGAGCACCACCUCGCCCAGUGAGGGCCUCUCUGUGGCCCCGGGGGGCCUGGGAGACACCCCCCGCUUCAACACUCUGGCUGGAGGUGCGCUCGGCACCAGGGCAGGAAAAUACAGCAGGCUGGAGGUGCAGGGAGGGGAGCUGGGGAAGGUGGCGGCGCAGAGGGAGACGGGAAGUUUGGGCGCGGCCAGCGACUGUGCCAGCACCCGGGGCAUGGCGGGCUCCAUCACCUCCUCCUACACCCUGCCCGACAGGGAGUGCACAAACCUGGAGAUCCAGGUGGACAUCGAGACCAAACCCAGCCACCUGUGUCUGGCCAGCGAGGAGGACCUGGCCCCGCCCCCCGUCGCCAUGGCGCCAGGCCCAGGGGAGGAGCCUCAGGACUGCAGCUCACGGCGGGGCAGGGUGAUGUCGGGCUCGUCGCUGGCGCUGUCGCCGGGGGCGUCGCUGAGGGAGGGGCUUCGCGACGUCACCCUGGCCCAGCCAGAGAGCAUCCGCAGCGACCUGGAGAUGUCCGACACCCAGUCGGACGACAUCGCCGAGCUCACCUCCGACGACUGCGACUCCCCGCACCCCAAAAGCUGCCGCCCCCAUCCCCCGCCCCAGCCCACCUGUAGGGCCUCGUACCCCUCUGAUGGCCUGCACUGUUCCGACAACGUGAUCCUCUAUGUGUGAGGGGGAGAGGGAGCGUUCUCAGUGUUGCACAACCCCUCACCUUCUGACUUACCGGAUCGUUGUUUCAAGCUUGUUUUUGAUGUGUUAGUAAUGCAUUUUCAGCCGUUUUUAAUUUACAGACAAACACCUGUUACUGUAAAUGCAGGCAUCCUAUCUGCCUGUUGGUCUGUCUGUCUGCCUGCCUGUCUGUCCCUACAUAGCAUUUUCAGGUUCUACCUCUUUGGGAAUCAAAACUGUUUACUUCUCGGUGCAAAAAUGCCUUGGGUCUUUCAGCAAAAAUAAUUAUAACAAUGAAAAAACAACAAAACCAUAAAAAAACAAAAAAAAUUAGAGAUAAUGCAAAAGAAACAAAAGAUGAGACCAGUGACGGGAGAUGCCACCAAGCACACCCCAGUGCACGGCAUUCUGGGAGCGUGGCAGGGCGGACUUUGGGUUGUUUGUUGAGGGGAAUAUGUUUAGCUUUGAGGAGUCCAUGACCCUUUGUGUUUCUACUGAAUUGU